UCAACCGAACUAAAAUCAAUACAACUAUAAACCACAGUUCAAAAUGUAUAGAAGGAGCACUUUACACACGGUCAUGUUGAUUUGACGUCCCUCCGUAAAUAAGGAAGGAACUGGUAGUUGAGGAGACUACCCCAAGUUGGCGAGUUGAAAAUUCGACUUGAAGGGGGGCCCUUUCGGUGGCUUUGACCGGUUGUAAGCGGGGAAUUACAAGUUGCAACUUCGCCUCGAACGCAGCAAUAUAACUACACGAAGAUAUCUUUUACUGAAAAUACCCGGACGUAAUUCUGGCUAAGCUUGUCUAUGUUUUGGUUUAUUAUUUUUGGAUUCGCUUCAAAUGGUCAAAAUGAGUCUGUCGUUAAGGUGGCCAUGAGAGCUCUUGGUUUUGAGGUGAAGAAAGUUGACGUUAUGACAAUCGUAAAAGACUUCGACCGAGGAGGCACUGGAAAAAUAACUUAUGAAAUUUUCAAAGAAGUUGGACGGGUUCCUGUAAAAUUCAGCACAAGAGCAGACCAUCUGAUGCAAAAAGAAGCCUUCAAGAACCCCACAAUUUCAUCACAGGCUCUGCUAGUAAGUCUUGCAACUGUUGGUGUCAAAGUGAAUGCUUCUACAAUCAGAAAGAGGUUGUACAAAUUUGACCUGCAUGGGAGGUGUGUCAGGAAAAAGCCUUUGCUGUCUAAAAAGAACAUUAGGGCAAGAGUACAGUUUGCCAAUGAGCAUAUAGGCAAAGACCAAGCCUUUUGGAAUAAUGCACUCUGGACAGACGAAUCAAAGAUAGAGUUGCUUGGCAACAUUAACAGCAGACACAGUUUGGUGGUGACCAAAGACAGCUUUUCAGAAGAAGCAUCUCAUACCAACUGUGAAGCACGGUGGUGUAUAUGUUAUGGUUUGGGGUUGCUUCGUUGCCACAGGGACUGGACAGCUUGCAUUCAUUGAUUCAAUAAGGAAAGGGGGGAGGAAAGAAAAAAAAAAAGUGGGGGGGAAGAAAAAAAAGGGGGGGGGGACCCACAACAACAACACACCACACCACCCUCCCCCACCCCACCAUCAAUUAUCUUCUCUCCAUUCCCAAACAAUGGAGGCAGAACCCUACAACACUGGAACAUCCGAUACUUGUGAACCGCACCUAUUCUUGUUGUGUGAAGUCACUCCCGAGCAAAAAAAACAAAACACAGUCAUUAUGUAUCCCAGGCAACCUGUAGAUUUACAUGGAAACUAAUAUAGUUGUCCACACCCGCGUAGUUUUACAGUCCCAUUACAGGUAUUAAUAAAUCGGUUAACUGUUAUGUAGACAGAUUAAGAUGGAGGAAACCAUUCAUUAAACUAUCGUUGUGCUUUUUGGGGACAGUUGAAUUGUAGCGUCUCAUCACCGAGGUCUAUCCGAAGGCGAGCAGGGUGUCUGAGAGAAGACCGCACAUUUCUCUCACGCAAGCUGUUUCUCACCGCAGCGAAGGCCGCUCUCCUCUUAGCGACGCUAGGGCUGAAGUCAGGAAAGAUGAAGACCUUACGGCCCUGAUGGAAAAGUUGAUUCCAAUUCCCGCGUCGAACAACUUUUUCUCUGUCGUGAAAGUAGUGAAACCGCAUAAUCAUCACUCUGGACCUCUGAUUCUCUCGCUGUUCCUCUGAGGGUACGGGGCCAAUGCGGUGCGCUCUAUCCAGCAAUGGAGCAGUCGGAAAGAUUUCUGAUCCGAGCACAUCCUGGAAAAAUUUACACAUAAAUGUUACCGGAUCGCUCCCUUCUUCUCGUUCUGGAAUACCGAUGACCGAUUGGAGCGCCGCGAGCGGGACUCUAAAUCCUCAACUUUCUCAGUGAGUUGUUUGUUAGCCGAAGUUAGCUUCAGCAUCGUCUGUUCCACUGCUACAAUGCGGUCACUGUAAUCGUUCAGGUGCUGGUCAAGACCUUGUAACACUAACAAGUCACAUGACACCGGGCAUUAAUGGCUGUGUAUUGAGUUAUUUUGAGGGGACAGCAAAUUUACACUGUUACACAAGCUGUACACUCACUGCUUUACAUUGUAGCAAAGUGUCAUUUCUUCAGUGUUGUCACAUGAAAAGAUAAAAUCAAAUAUUUACAAAAAUGUGAGGGGUGUACUCACUUUUGUGAAAUACU